CUCUUCGGAUUCAACAGUUACAAAUGAAAAUUGAUGUAUUGGAAGGAGAAAAUGCACGCUUGAAACUUGAUGACAGGAAACUUCAAACUCAAGCCGAAAAAGCAUUAAACGAAAAGAUAGUAGAAUUGACAAAAAAGCUUCAAGAUUCUUCAAAGGGACGACCAGGCACUUCUCUUUCUCAGAUCGCAGAUGAUGAUUUUAUGAGCGAUAAAAUUUUGCAGUUGACUGAACUAGUUGAACAGAAAGACGAACAGAUUAAAUCACUUGAAGAAUCGCUUAACAAGGUGACUAAACAAUCAAAUGAGUAUCAAAUAAAGAUUGCCGAGCUGGAAAAAAUUAACACGGAACGUGCAGACAAGAUAGAACAGCUUGCAAGCCUUGGAACUCAAAAUUCGCAAACAGAGUCUUCUGAUAGAGUUGCUCAGCUGGAGAAGGUUAUUCAAGAAAAAUCCACUGAAAUUGUUCAAUUAACGGGAAAUGUUGAAAGUAUUCAAAUUGAAUCAGAUGGCAAAAUGCGUGCACUUCAAGAGACCAUUAACGAGUUAAAAUCUGCAGGUCAGGAGACAAUCAACAUUUAUGAAUUAAGAGUUUCAUCGCUCGAGCAACAAGUUGAAGACUUAAAAAAAGCAGGUGUAGAAACAAUAUCAUUAUAUGAGGAGGCAACAAAUAGAAUUUCAGAACGUGAAGCUAAAAUUAAUUUGUUGGAAAAAGAGGCCGAAGAAUUACGAUCUGCUGGUGUGGAAGCUAUUGAUGUGUACGAGAAAACAAUCGAGGAGACUAAAAGAGAGAUGGAAAAUACAAAAAAUCAAUUGAUUAGGAAAGAGGAAGCACUCAGCGCUGCUAACAAAGAAAUAGAGAGGCUUAGAUUGUUGCAAAAAGAGUUGACAGAAUCAAAGACAAAGAGGGAAGAGGGUCUUAGAAACGAAUUGGCUGAUUUACAAACUGGUUUGGAACAUAUGAUGCGUGCGGAUGCAAAGUCCCGUGAGCGCAUUUAUCAAUUAGAGGACGAAGUGCGAGACUCACAAGCUCUUGUUAGUAGGCAACAAGAGGAAAUUUCGGCUCUCAAAAAUAAUAUGCAAAAUCUUAUGGCUGCUAAUACAGACGAAGAAAUUGAAAAGGUUAAAGAAGUCUUUGAGAGCGACAUUAAAAGGCUUCAAUAUGAAUUGGGAGAAGUGAGAAAAUUAUUAUCUGAUACGCAAUCCGAAAAGCGUGCACUUGUUGGAGAAUUGGAUGUUAUUAAAGAUGAAAAAAAAUUGGUAGAGAAAAAAUUGCAAGAUAACGAGAAAGAGAGGCAGGAUAUUAUCACUGAAAUGGAUGUGUUAAAAGGUAACAUGCUGCAGAAUGAAAAUGAACGUACACAGUUAGUUACAGACAUAGAAGAAUACAAAGUAAACAUCGCUAGAGUUGAGGAGCAAAAGAUAAACAUUAUUAAAGAUGCGGAAGCUGAAAAAUCGGCAUUGAUGGAAUCACUUGAAAAUUUGAGAAAAGAAUUAAUCGAAGUACGUGAAAAUGCCCAAAAGGAUCUAGAAGAUAAAGAAAAUCAUGCGGGUCAACUAAAAUCCGAGCUUGAUAUCAAGACUGCAGAGUUAGAGCAAUUGAAAAAAGAUGCAGAAAAUUUAAAGGUUGUUGAAGACCUAUCUGUGUCAUCUCAAGAUUCUGUAAAAUUUAAAACAGAAAACGAGCAAUUGAAGAAAAAAAUUAAAGAUUUGGCCAUAUCUACAAAAACAACAGAAGAUAUGACGCAAAAAAUUAAAGAAUUUGAAGAAAAAGUUACAGCGUAUGAAGAACAAAUUACCGGACUCAAACAUAUUGUACAAGAGUUGACUCGUGAAAAUGUUUCUAUCACCAGUGAUAAUAAAAAAAUUUUAGCCGAGCAAGAAAAAUUAAUGGAAGCUCAUCGACAAGUGGAAAAUGAAUGUUUGAAAUUAAUGGACGAAUUGGAGAGACUACAUAGUGAAUCGCUUGGUGGUCAGGGCAUCUUAUCAUUGUCUCCACCUGUCGAAGAUUCGUAUCAAGCUAAUGGAGUUAGUUCU